UAAGAUACUGUGUGUGUGUGUGUGUGUGUGUGUGUGUCUGUUGCAGCUUACAGCUCAUUCAAGUGCCACCAGUGUGUUUUUUCGAGUAGUAUUUCUUGAAUUUCUUCUAUUUCAUCUUUCUUCUGAGCUUACAGCUCAUUCAAGUGCCACCAGUGUGUUUUUUCGAGUAGUAUUUCUUGAAUUUCUUCUAUUUCAUCUUUCUUCUGAGCUUACAGCUCAUUCAAGUGCCACCAGUGUGUUUUUUCGAGUAGUAUUUCUUGAAUUUCUUCUAUUUCAUCUUUCUUCUGAGCUUACAGCUCAUUCAAGUGCCACCAGUGUGUUUUUUCGAGUAGUAUUUCUUGAAUUUCUUCUAUUUCAUCUUUCUUCUGAGCUUACAGCUCAUUCAAGUGCCACCAGUGUGUUUUUUCGAGUAGUAUUUCUUGAAUUUCUUCUAUUUCAUCUUUCUUCUGAGCUUACAGCUCAUUCAAGUGCCACCAGUGUGUUUUUUCGAGUAGUAUUUCUUGAAUUUCUUCUAUUUCAUCUUUCUUCUGAGCUUACAGCUCAUUCAAGUGCCACCAGUGUGUUUUUUCGAGUAGUAUUUCUUGAAUUUCUUCUAUUUCAUCUUUCUUCUGAGCUUACAGCUCAUUCAAGUGCCACCAGUGUGUUUUUUCGAGUAGUAUUUCUUGAAUUUCUUCUAUUUCAUCUUUCUUCUGAGGAUGUUCCACUUAAUCGAGUUCCUGAUCAACAAAACGGUAGCAGUGGUGCCACAAACGUGGUGCAGAGAUGGAGUUGUCUAUUGGCCAAACUACCGAAAUGAUGAAAGAGUAAACAGGGCAGUGAAAAAUUCGGAGGAGCCGGGACCUGACUGGAAAACAUAUGAUGUCAGAGUUAUUAAAACAUGUGAUGACUACUUUGAGGCACAACGACUCUUAAAGAAAUCUCUGAUGUGUAACACAUCAGAUCUACAGUCUGAAGAGGAAGAGGAGGAGAUAAGACCAAAAAGAAGGCCAAAGCCAAUUCAUUUCUUUGGAGACACAGAUAAUGACAGUGAGGAAGAAGGUCAUCCUCAUAAAAAGAGAGCCAGGGGUCCAGCCAAACUCUUAACCGAACCACCAGCUCCUGUUAUCUCGCCACCAGCUCCUGUUAUAUCAACACCACCUUUUAUCCCAAGUAGCAGCACACCUGCUCCUCUUCCACCCACUUCACCACCACCUCACUGUGCACAGAGACCAGCAGAAGAGCAAACCCCUUCUACAAGAAAGGUCUACAGACCAACCUGGCGGGGGGGAAGAUGUGGAUCAGACAGUAUCACCUGCUCUGCUGCAGAAGUUCACAUUAUGAGUUUAUUGGAAUUAAUAAAACAUCAGCAGGAGCAAAUAAUUGCUAAAGUAAAUUAUUUGAUGAGCAAGGUGAGCCCAGCAGGCCAAGACAUGGAAAUGCCUGACAACCCAGUAGAUUUUCCAUUAACAUCAAUGGAGGAAGUGGAGAAUUUUGAGGAGUGGCUCAGAAAUCCCGCAAAUAAUCAAAUUAAGUUGAGCGUGAUUUCUUCCCUUGCAACUGUUGGGGGCCAUGAUACAAAACGUGUCACAUGGAACAUCCUUUCCCGCAUGUUCUGUGAUGAUGUUGGGAGGAGGAUUAACUGGAAGGGCGUGAAUGGUAAAAAGGCGUUCAACCAAAUGGAGUCCAAGAAGUUCCUCCUGUGUGCAGUGAGAAAAAGCCAUGCAUCACGUGCCGCCACUGAUGACGAAAUUACAAAGCACACAAUUCGGUGGUUCAACCUGGCAGCUGAUAGGGGAAGCUCCAGGAACCGCCCCACUGUGAGCACCCAACAAUAGAGUUUUUCCAGAAUUUCAUUGUUUACUUCAGUUUUGAAGUGUUUAUUUAAAGUUGCAACAGUUACAAUAAAAUUAAAGUACAAGAUUACUAUUUUAAAUAAAUGUUUUUUUUUUAUUGUUUUUGUUUCUAUUCAAAUAUGUUUCUAUUUUUCUAUUCAAAGAAUAUUUUUUAAAAAAUCUGGUUUCUACAAAAUUAAACAGUACAACUGUUAACAAAAAGAAAAAUGUUGCUCAUAUUUACUCUUCUUAAUUUUGUGAAGUCUUAUAUUUCAUUAAAUAAAAAUGUUUCUGGUACAAUUUAUGGUUGCAUUUCAUUUUCUGUAAUGAUUCUAUUAUAACCUAUUCUAAUAACCUAUUAAUGUACAUAAAUAAUUAAACUAUAAAAAUAGUUAUGGUAAUUAGAAUGUAAAAACAUUUAUAGACUAUUUUUAAAGUUUUAUUGUAACUGGCUAAAGUUUUGAAUGAUUUCAUGUUUUAUUAAUAUUAAUAUUAAUAAUGACAGACAUUAAAUAUUAAAGCUUUUAUAAAGCAAUUCAGUCUAUCUGAUGUGGGUCCAUUUAGAUUUUAAAUAUUUCUUUGUAGCCAGUUUUGUCCAGAAUAGUUCGAGAGUGAUCUGAAAGGUAUCCAGACCAAAUGACCAUAAACGGGUCCAGAUCGGAUCCGCGGCGGAUCAGCUGCUUCAUAAACGGGUCCAGAUCGGAUCCGCGGCGGAUCAGCUGCUUCAGAAACGGGACCAGAUCGGAUCCGCGGCGGAUCAGCUGCUUAAUAAACGGGUCCGGAUUGGAUCCGCGGCGGAUCAGCUGCUUAAUAAACGGGUCCGGAUUGGAUCCGCAGCGGAUCAGCUGCUUCAGAAACGGGUCCAGAUCGGAUCCGCGGCGGAUGAGCUACCUUAUCGGCGGACACGGGGCGGGUCUGUUCCGGAUGUGAACUGGAUCCGCAAUCCUUAUCUGUUCCGGAUCCGCUGCGCUGUGCAAGUGGACUCCGUUCCGGACCCGUUUUGCGGAUCCGUUUCGGAGCUUGUGAUACCUCCGGGGCGGAUCCGUUGCGGAGUCAG